AUGGCGCAGUCAUUUUUGGAAUUACACGGAUUCCAGCCAAGUGAAAGCUCUUUUUCAGCCCAUAUUCCGCCAUCUCUCCCAAUCAGUACAAUUUCCCCUCUCGCUCACAUUUUUCAUUCAAAAUCUUCUGAUUCCAAUCUAUCUGAAAAAGAAACCAGAUCAGGCCAAGCAACUUAUUGCCAAUCACUUUGAUCAAGCGACAUAUCCCUCACUAAAAAGCUUGCCCUGAUGAAGCAGAUUUUUGAUAGAUAUCCUACUGAAGAUAUCAUUGAACAGCUUUCAAAGUCAAUAACCCAACUUUUAAAUGAUAAAGAUCCUCCAAUUGAGCUGUUGGUGAAAAAUAACUACAUUAAGCUGCUCCUUGAAUUCGUCAGACUGGGUUUUAAAGAUUUUAUUAUUUCAAGCGCAGCCUCAGCGCUGUCAAAAAUUAUCUCAAGCUCAGCUAAAUAUGCCAGCAAGUUCGCAGAAGCCCAUGGGGUAAAAAUUUUAACAAGGUCUAUUAAGCCUGAAUUAGAGCUUUCUAUAGAUGCCGUGAUCUUGGCGCUUGCCAAUUUAAUUAAGGACGAUAACCAAUACAAGAACGAAAUCAUUGAGUUCAACCUGCUUGAUAUCCUUAUUGAAAUUUGUGAAAAAAUAAGCAAGGUCAGCGAAGAAAUAUUUUAUUCAAUUGCUUAUUUUUUAAUGAAUUUGGCAAGCAAUAAUUACAGAUUCUUAUUGAAAGACUUAGAAAAAAUUGUUUAUUUAUUGGAUAAAGCUAUAUGUUGUGACAAUAUUGAAAUUCAAGCAAAUUGCUUGUGAGCAAUAGCGGGGAUUACGAGUAUUAAUGGACAAAUUCAUAUUUUAUAAUAAUAAUAAUAAUUAAUGCUCUGUAUUUAUAGUCCCUACUUCCAUGCGUGGCAUUCCUCCGCGCUCCUUGGGGAGCCGUGCUGGCACGAGCGAAAAGGAUGGACUUCCAUCACUGGUUCUCUGAGCCCGGGCCGAAACCCCCGUUUUCUCGGUAGUGGGUUGCCCUAUUGAGUCGUCAGCCGACUGUCGCUGGGCACCACCAUUUCCAACUCAGCCUUCUGCCCCGAGUUACGCCAGUCUUUGCCUCCGGUUGGCCAGAUCGCCCUCCUGAGAGGACCUUUUAACUGAGAGACUUGCGCCCUUGAUCUAGUCUAGCUUCGCCUCCCCUCUUUCCUGGAUCAUCUCCAAGAAAGAACUCAACCCAUUACGGGAUUCGGGGCUAAGCCACAAAGUAGCCUAGGCAGGUAACUCACCCUGCCUCUUUCGGACACCGAGUCUGGGCCUCGGCGCUACUGGCAAAAAGAAUGCGAAACACUGCUGCCAGGGUCAAGUCCCAAAAUCAGCGGAAAUUGGGCUGGGCCUCUCGCCUCGAGGCUAACUCUUCCCUUGAGUAGCUCUCCGCAUCCAAAAACCACGUCCGGUAUACGUAAGGACACCCGGCACGGAGGGACGGGUCGCUCGUCUCCGGCCAUUUUUAUGUAUCAAAUUCAUAUUUUAAUUGAGUCAGGGCUGGUUGAAAAAGUGAUUGGGUUUUUAAAAAGCGGGGAAAUGAAAUUAAAGAUCCCUUGCAUUAGAGCUAUUAGGUAUAUAGCAACAGGAAAUCCAGCUAAUAUAAAAUAUUUACUUGAGCAUAACGCUUAUGAUCCUAUUAUGGAAUUUAAUAAGCAGUUCAAAAUAAUUGGGAGGCAGAAUGCUGUUAUGAUUGGCUAUAAUAACAUAACUAUUGAAAUCCAAGAAAACACACGCGAAUAUGGCAUUUUAAAUGCGCUGGCAAAAGACCUGGAAAGCAAUAUUUCUCAUAUGAAAUAUUGAGAAAAUAAAAUUUUAUAUAUCAAUAAUAAAAAUAUUCUGCGAUUAAAUGAAUUUUUAAUUAAAAAAAAACACAUAGCAAAUCAUUGAAUUCAGUCUGGCUCAGCAUAAUCAAGGCAAACUGAAAUUGAUGAAUUUUAGUAUUUUUAAAGAAAUAAAAAUCGCAUUCACAAUUGAAGAUGAGCUAUUCCAAACAAAGAUGUUAGAAUUCUGCUACUCCCUAUUUGAAAUUAUGGAAAGCAACGAAUAUUCUAACCCUUUAUCUAUUUUAUUUUUGCGAAGCAAAUGCUAUGAUUCAUUAAAAGAAAUCAUACAAAAAUUCAAAUCAUUAAAAGAAUUAUGUAAUAAAAUCGCCCAGAAAUUUUUUAAAGUCAAAAACAUCACCUGAGACGUUCCUAUGGUAAUCAAAGAAAUCCCAUAUGAAGCUAUAACUAAGCGGAUUCCAAGCAUUGAAAAACCUAAAGGAAAACGCAAAACAAGACCUAAGAAAUCCAAAACUGUUGAUCCAACCAAAAUGAGUGUAGAUGAGGUGUUAAGAUUUAUUAAUAAUGACGAAAAAAAAUCCACAAAAAAUCAGAAGCAAAAAAGCUCGACAAAAGAAGCGACUGACAGUAAAUCAGAAAAUGGGGACUUAAUUGAUAGAGAGGUCGAAGAGUUUAAAGAAAGAAUAGAAAGCGCGGUUAUCAAAGAAGAAAGACUGAAGCCCAAGAUUUCACAAGAAUGACUGCUGAAAAUUAAGGAGUCGAUUCCAGGGCUCCAAAAGAAAGAUAAAUCUUUUUAA